CCGCGUUUGGACCUUAACUUUGUUAGAAUUUUAUUUUAUUCAAAUUUUUGACUAAAAAUGAUGUGAUUGUGAAUAAAAUAGCAUGCAAACCUCGGUGGUAAUGGCAUUACCCCUUGUGCUUUAUCCAAUCUCGAGGUUUCGCCUCUCGAUCGUAUACAUAAGCAUUCCGGGUAAUGCCAUAUUUACCACCUCGUUUGUAAUGUACUAUUUAUGUUUUCAAUUACGUAACAGUAAGUAUUUAAAUACCAAAAACUGUUAGUGAGACCGCUUCUAUGGAAAACUCUGUAUAAUGUCGACAAAAUUUUAAUUUAAUAUUUUAGUUACCGGCUUUCACGUCCACUUGAUUAUAAUUGUUAUCAGUGCUAUUUGUACAUUUUACACGGCAGUUGGAGGUUUAAAAACAGUGAUAUGGACUGACUUUUUUCAAAUAGGGAUAAUUUUUUUAUCGCUUAUAGCCGUCCUUAUUUUUGGUUUCGCUGCUUCAGAAAAUGUUUGGAACACAAUACUUGUCGGUGGAAGACUUGAUAUUUUUGAGUAAAACAUUUCCUAAGUACAUCUACCUCUAAUGAAAAGAAAAAGUUUCAGCUUGGAUCCUACAAAAAGGGAUACAUUUUGGACAUUUAUUAUUGGAUUUACAAUUCAUUGGACCUAUUACGUCAGUCUUACACAAACUGGUGUCCAAAAAUAUUUAACACUGCCUACACUAAAAGAUUGCAAUAAUGCAGUGAAAAUUUUUGUCGUUGUGAUGGAUUCAAUCACAGUAAUUUGUGUCUUAUUGGGAUUUUUAAUUUAUUCUCAAUAUGCAAACUGUGAUCCUUUACUAAAUGGAAAAAUCCAAAAACACGAACAGCUAGUACCUUACUACAUUAUGGAAAUUGCUGGAAAUUUGCCCGGAGUUGUCAGUUUAACUCUAACUGGUUUAUUAUGUGCUUCACUGAGCACAAUUUCGUCAAGUUUAAACUCAAUUUCCGGCGUCAUUUAUAAAGAUUUUGUUACAAAAUUUAUAAAAAGUGAAAUUUCUGAAAAAACGGCUGGGUAUAUUUUACGAUUCAUUGUGGUUAUUGGUGGUAUUGUACUUCUUUCGAUUGCCUUCAUUAUAGAGCUCUUAGGUGAUAUUUUUCCUUUAGUCAUGAGUGUGACAGCAGUUGUAGAUGGACCGGUGCUUGGCUUAUUUGCAUCGGGAUUUCUAAUUCCAAAAAUGAAUGCCAAGGGAGCUUUUGGUGGAGCUAUUUUGUCCGGUAUUAUCCAAGCAAUGAUAAUAAUUAUUUCAAAAAUAUAUUUAUUUAAUAAGGCAAUUGUUACAAUUCAUAAACCUUUGUUAAUCGAUGGCUGUGAUAAUCAAACUAUUUGGAGAAAUUCUUCUCUAAUCAGCCUUAAUCAUACUUCACAUGACUUAACAACAGGGAGCAAACCAUUUUUUAUAUUUCGUCUUUCACAUCACUACCAGUGUUUAUUUGGAGCAAUUGUAAUGAUAAUUAUUGGUCUAAUUAUAAGUCACUUCACCAAGAGGAAUAAUUUACCAGUUGACAAAAUGUUAUUCAGUCCUGUUAUUCAUCGAUUUCUAUCUGAAACUUCAACAGCAGAACAAGGCACUGUAGCGAACAUCAAUGGCGAUGCCAAACAAGGCGUCCAACUCAAACGCGAACUGGGCCUUUUUUCCGCCAUAAACCUCAUCCUCGCCGUGAUGAUAGGAUCCGGAAUCUUCGUCUCUCCGGCAUCUGCAUUGGAACAUUCCGGUUCAGUAGGAAUGUGUCUAAUCGUAUGGACACUAUGUGGAAUCAUCUCGCUUCUAGGAGCUCUGGCGUUUGCUGAAUUAGGCACUGUUAUUCCCCGUUCGGGGGCCGAAUAUGCAUACUACAUGGACGCUUUCGGCCCCUUACACAAAUUCUGGGGCCAUCUGCCCUCAUUCAUCUACUCGUGGAUCAUGAUUGUCAUAAUAAAACCGGCAGAAGUCGCGGUUAUUAUCUUAACAUUUUCCGAAUAUUUGUGCCAACCGUUGCUAGAUCUGAUGUGUAUACAGGCCGAGUCGGAAGAGGUGAAAAAGGCGGUCAAAACUGUGGCCUUACUUGCCUUAGGUAUUAUAACAUACAUCAAUGUUUCAAGCGUGAAACUUUACGUCAAAGUCCAGAACAUUUUCGGCGGAUUUAAGGUUUUCGCAUGUUUGAUCGUAAUUUUUGGGGGGAUUUAUGAAAUAAUCAAAGGCAACACUGACAAUCUAAAUAGGGGUUUCCAGGGUACGAAAUACACACCAAAAAGCAUUGCUUUGGCGUUUUAUAGCGGACUUUGGGCUUAUGAUGGAUGGUCUGCCGUCACUGUUAUCACUGAAGAGAUAAAACGACCAGAAGUAAACAUUCCAAGAAGUAUAAUGAUAAGCGUUCCUAUUGUCACUGGUUUGUAUGUCUUCAUGAACAUGGCAUACAUGACAGCUUUAUCAAUUCCUGAGAUGAUAAACUCGCCUGCUGUUGCUGUAACAUUCGGCGAGAGAGUUUUAGGGCCGAUGGCCUUUUUGAUACCUCUGGGGGUGGCUUUGGCGACGUUUGGGUGUGCCCUAAGUAUACAAUUCGGAGUCACUAGGGUUUGUUACGCCGCAGGCCAGGAUGGUUUAAUGAUAAAAAGUCUUUCGUUCGUUCAUUAUGAACGUCUAACCCCGUCAUUUGCUGUUGUUUCUCAGGGAAUUUUAUCGUUACUUUUUAUAGUAGCUGGUGAUAUUGUUGAACUGAUCGAAUUUGUCAGUUUUCUCAUUUGGAUAUUCUACGGUUUGGCUUUUGUGUCGUUGUUGGUCUUGAGGAGGACCAUGAGGGAUGCUCACAGGCCGUACAAAGUACCGACUUGGAUUUGUAUUUUUGUUUUGUUAAUAGCAAUUUAUUUGAGUGUCACACCGAUAGUAACAGAUCCAACUCCCAAAUAUUUGUUUGCUCUAGCGUUUAUUUUGUUGGGCGUUUUGGUUUAUUAUUGGUUUGUUUACAAGAAAAGGACACCAGAAUUGUUUAUGAGAAAAUUUACAAGGUUUAUUCAGAUAUUGUUUGCGGCUGUGCCACCCGAUAAUCCACAUACUACAUAAUGUAUGUAUAAUUAUUUAUCGCUGUUAUGUAAUUUAUAAUUACAGUUGUAAUAAAAUGAAAUAAAAACAGA